AUGCUCUUUCUCUCUCUCUCUGCUCUCUCUUUUACUCUCUUCUUUUCCCUCUCUCUCUCUCUCUCUUCUCUCUUCUCUCUUCUCUCUCUUUUUCUCCCUCUUUUCUCUCUUUUCGCUCUCUUCUCUCUCUCUUCUCUCUCUCUUCUCUCUCUCUUCUCCUUCUCUCUCUUCUCUCUCUCUUCUCUCUCCCUUCUCUCUCUCUCUCUCUCUCUCUCUUCUCUCUCUCUGUUCUCUCUCUCUCUCUCUCUCUCUCUCUCUCUUGUCCCUCUCAAACUAUACGUGUGGUGUGCGAGGCGGGAGGUUGCGGGAUGGCGGCCAAACAAAAAUACUAUCAAGGCCAUGGUCAUCUGCAUCAUCUGGUACUCGGGCAGUGCCAUCAAUGGUAUUGCGGGCAAAAGGAUGCCCCUUGCACUUGAGAACUUGACUCCCUGUUCUACCUCUCGUCUCUUGCCCCGCCUCUGUUUCACGACCUCACUCUUCUUCCUCUUCCUCGCUGCGCCCGCCCUGCCCAUCAUGGCCCUGCGUAUGGACAGUGCUAUGAAGCAUUUUCCUUAUCCCACCACCGUCUCUUUUGUCCAGCUGGUCGUGAUCAACACAGUCCUGCCCCUAUUCCGCACCACCAAGCUGCUCGUUACCCUAUCCUCCCAACUAAGCAUUCUAAAAGUACCCGUGUCCUACGCACACACCGUCAAGGCGCUCAUGCCCAUCUUUACCGUCGUCCUCUCUCGCAUUUUCUUGCGCCAAAGCCACAGCUGGGCUGCCUACCUCAGCCUGGUUCCCAUCAUGGCCGGUGUUGUCAUUUCCUCUGUCACCGAGCUUGAGUUUAACAUGAUUGGCCUGGUCUCGGCCUUAUUCUCCACUUUUAUAUUUGCCGUCCAAAACAUCUUCUCCAAAAAGGUGAUGAAAGCAGGUGUCGAUCACAUCUCCAUCCUCAUCGUUGUCAGCCGCGUGUCCUUGGUCAUGCUCCUGCCCUUUUGGUUCUUCCACGAGGGCUUUGCCAUCAUGACCAAUAGCAUCGAAGAACACUUGUCGUCUUCCGAAAUGUGGUCCAUCUGGGGCAAGCUGUUUCUUUCUGCGCUAGGCAACAGCUUCCAGACCAUCUUCGCAUUUACCUUCCUCUCGCUGGUAACGCCAGUGACGUACUCGGUAGCCAACGUGGGCAAACGUGUGGUCAUCAUUGUCCUAGCCAUGAUUGUCUUCCGAAACCCCGUCACCUGGCAAAACCUGAUUGGUAUCAGUAUUGCCAUGCUCGGCAUUGCCAUGUACAACAAGGCCAAACUGGAUGAGAAAGCCCAAGCCAGUGCCAUCGCAGCCGUCAGCAAGCAGCUACCCUUGCGCAUGUUUCAAGACGGAGAUGCCUUCAACAACAACACCCGAUAUGGGGGUUUGAAUGCUGGCAAGCCAUUGCCCUUUGAGCCGCUUCAAGGAGUAGCCGUUCCGCAAACAGUCUAA